GCGUCAUCACUGAUACCAGCGUACGAGCGACUCUCGGGGCAACGAAAGCGGUUAGCCAACCUAACCUAGCUAUCUUAAGCCAGUUUUAUACCCAGUGAGGGGAUGUCCUUCGUGAGAGUUAACCGACGGCCGUUGCGAACUAAGAAAGUGUCCGUUACCAAGAAGGAAUGGGUGAGCACAGUAAAUGACCUAUCGGUACACAAAGCUACCCCAGAGGACCUGUCCAAGCGACACGAGACGCACAGGUCCCGCAACAGAGUGCUCGCGCAGUGGGAGCUGAGGGAGAAGGCCCUUAAGCGCGCGCAGAGGAAGCCUCAGCCGGCCAGCCCCACUGGGUUAGAUCAGACCCGACUCCGAAUCAUCAAAGAGGUGUUCUCUGAUCGGUGCCAGCUGCAGGAUGUUCUUGCACGGUCAGACAGAGCCAUGGCUGUGGUUAAAGAUCUAUUUGGAGACGCACCUCGCAGACAGACAGGGUUUCCAAGUGUUACCAUGGUACCCGACUGUGGGUCUGAUACUGAACUUCCAGUACUGCAAAAGCCAGACCCACCAACACAGCUUUCACUUCUCAGCCAGACCAUGAUGGAUCAGCAGGCUUUAAAUGAAUUGGAGGAUUCUGGCAGAGAACAUGAGGACGAAGAGGACACCUCCUUAAAUAGUCAAGUGUGCAGGCUGAAGAGGAAAACAUGUAAACCCAAGCUCCCUGUUUGGAGAGCAGACCAGCAACAGAACCUCGCCCAGAUCACGUCUAAUGUGGGAGGCCCAGGAGACCAAGCAGCUCUAAACGCGACUGUGGCUGUGCAGCGUUUAAAGACACGGCAGGCGCAUCCAGACCUGAGCCAGUCCAGCACUCUGGUUAAUCAAGUCCUCAACCCUGAUGCUGGUCCCUCUCAGUCAGGUGGUAAGAGCAGGACCCAAAGGGGAUACUCGGCUAGACUGGACAGCUCUGGACUAAGCUCUCGGAGCACUAACCUGUCCAGCCUGGAGCUGCUGCAGGAUAAGUUGGGCCAAGUGGAGACUGAGCUGCACUUCCUGGAACAGAAGGGGCCUCUGGGCUCGCCAGAGCAGCCCGAGCUGCACCAGGGCCGUGGCCUCACUGGAUUCUCCGUGGCUCUGGUGGCUGCUCUGUCACGCAUCGCCAGGCACCUCCGACGUAGAGAAGAGGAGGUGCAAAAGGAGGCACUAGAGAGGCAGCGACUAGAAGAGGAGGUGAGGGAGCAAAAGAGUCUGAUCAAUGCUCUCACGGCUGAAUGUUUCUCUCUGAGGGAGGAGAGUGCUGCCACACAGACAAGUCUUCAGGAGCAGAUGGCAGAACUGGAAAAGCGUCUGGACGUGGUGAUCCUUGUGCUUGGAGGGCUGGAGAGUGAAGCUGCAGAGAGACAGUUAGGACCAGCAAAGGGUGCUGUGAUGGGUGCUGAUCUGAAGCUUGUAUCUGCUGAGCGAGCCCUACAGGAGCAAGCUUCAGCCUCUCCUGCUGUGCUGCUCUCCCCUCCACAUCAGAGAGACAGCAGAGUGCCUGCUGCUGCAUGUCCCCGCUCUUUGCACUUUGAGAGCUCAAAUGCAGCAGCUAAUCUUGGCUCUACAGAGGAGUCGGACGUUUCGUGCACCCCUCCCUCCUUCGUCAGCCUUCCUGUCAACGUCUCGCCACGCCGCACCCUGCCGGCGGACCAGCUGUCCCACGAUGCCAUGCUGGGGCAGAUUGCUGAGCUGACCCACCAAAAUGCAGCGAUUCGGGUGCAGCUGGACCAAUCCCGCUUCACUCCUGCUGGAGCACCAGCUUCCAGUGAGGAGAGUGCAGACAGGCUGUCUGCAGUCACCACUCUGGAUGGACAAGCAUCGCCCCCUACUGCUCCACAACCCACACAACAGUGUUUGGGUACAGAUGAGUCUUCUGUGAGGCUCAUGGAGGAGAGACUGCAGGAGCUGAACAGACAGAGUACAGCAGCCAGGGCCAAACUGCUGGAGCUCAUAGAGCAGCAGAGGCAGAGCGCCUACGUCAGCGCCUCUCCCUCAGUCUCGCCCGUACCGCCGCACUCCACCAGCCCCACCACAGAUGCUGGAAGUGUAUCUGUACCUGAGAGAGGCCAUCCCUCUCAAGCUAUGGGAAUUGGCAGAAGGUCAGCAGCUCCUCCACUAAGUGUAGAUGGAGGCGAAAGGCAGACACAGGUGGACAAACUAAAAGAAGGCUGGUUUGCGCUGUCUACUCAUAUACGGUAGCCUGGUCUGUCACUGCACAUGAGCUCACCGUGAAGGGUGCCACAGGAGUGGGCUGCUGGGAUUGACCGCGGCACACCACCCUACACAGCUACUGUACUCCUUACUUUUACUGUUUUUGUUCUUUUUUAAAUAUUGGAAAUGUUAAUAAAUUACACAAUUUCAUUGAAUAAUUUCACUGAUGUAAUGGUUUAAAUACCAUUUUCAUGUUGUGUUUUAUAAACACCUCAGUUGUGAAGAAACAUUUCAGGAUUUUUCAACCUAAUGUCUGUCUAAUGCAGAGGUUGAGCAUAGGUGGUUACUGGGAACAUCAUUUUGAUGCAUUUCAAUGGAUUUAAAGACAAACCUGCUGACCUGAAAUAAUGAAAGCCUAAAGGAACUUGCAGUAGUCAGUGAACAUUCAUGCAGAACAUGCACUUUUGAAAUCGCUUUAAUAUAUAUAUUUUUUCAGGUAUUUGUAACUCAAGUUGUAAAUAUGUAGGUCUUUAAUUGGUCUGUGGAUAGAGGGAGGUGCUUGUCUUUUUACUGACAGCCAGACAGCCCAUGUUUAAAGCCACAGGCAUGGCUUUUUACUGUUUUUUUUUGUUUUGUUUUGUUUUGUU